AUGGCUCUAUCUUCAAUUUUUGGAGGUGCGUCACCAUCGCAGCAGCAGAGUACAACAGCAACCGGUUCGUCGUCAAAAGUUGCGGGCAUAAAAGAGCAAUUGAAGACUCAGAUCGGCCAGGAACUGGCCGUUGCGAAUGCUAGCGAGCUGGUGAACAAAGUGACCGAGAACUGUUUCGAAAAAUGUCUAAGCAAUCCUUAUUCCAGCGCGGAAGAAGGCUGUGUCGAUCAGUGCUUGGCCGAGUACAUGAGAAGCUGGAAUGUUGUUUCUAAGGCGUACGUCGCCAGGAUCCAACAGGCCUCCACUUCUGGUGAAAUAUGA